AUGUGUUCGCUUUCUUACUGCCGACACACUAAACUACAGCCAACUGGAGAGACGGAGCUGAAGCAGAGCUCGCAGUCGCCCUUCCUCCGCUGCUCGUCCAAUGAAAUGUCGGACGCGUCGGUUCUAAAUGGAGUCCCGGUCUCCACGCCGGCACCACCACCGCUCCACCUCCUCGCUCCUGUCGGCAACAGCGACAUCUCCUCCUCGUGUGAGCAGAUCAUGGUCCGCACGCGCUCCGUGGCCGUCAACACCUCCGACGUGGCUUUGGCCACCGAGCCCGAAUGUCUGGGUCCCUGUGAACCUGGCACCAGCGUCAACCUGGAGGGCAUCGUCUGGCAGGAAACUGAGGACGGUAUGCUGGUUGUAAAUGUUACCUGGAGGAACAAGACGUAUGUGGGCACGCUUUUAGACUGCACUCGACAUGACUGGGCACCCCCACGGUUCUGUGAGUCACCCACAAGUGACCUGGAAAUGAGGAAUGGCCGUGGGCGGGGUAAAAGAAUGAGGCCCAAUAGCAACACGCCAGUCAACGAGAACAGCAACUCUUCUGAUAACAAAGGCAGCAACAACAGCAAGACUCGAGCCGCGUCCAACAGCAAAGGGCGAAGGGGCAGUCAGAAUUCCUCCGAGCGGCGCACGCCGCCGAACAGCAACACUGAGGAUGUAAAAGCUAGUCCGUCAUCUGCUAACAAACGCAAGAACAAACCUGCCUCAGACAUGGAGCCCAAUUCCAGUUCAGAGGACACUAAGGGUAGCAAACGUAUGCGCACCAAUUCAAACAGUGGAAUACCUCAUACUGUUCUUCCCCUCUCCAACAUCAAAGCUGAAUCCUUGCCUCCCACUUUGGAUCGCAACUGCACCUCACCGGUGCUCAUCGACUGCCCCCAUCCCAACUGCAACAAGAAGUACAAGCACAUCAACGGCCUGAAGUAUCACCAGGCUCGUGCUCACAAUGAUGACGACAUCAAGCUGGACAUAGAUGGCGAUAGUGAGUACGGUGAGGACUCCACAUUGCACCCAGAACCAGGCAGUUGCAACGGUGCAUCCAUUUCUCAGAAGGGAUGUGCGUCUCCUGCAAGGUCAGUCACCCCUAAAGGCAGAGGAUUUGAUGCCCAGAGUCCAUCACCUUCAUCAGGAAAGUUCAGCUCCAAGCAGCCUGGCAAGAAGAAGCCAGAGGCUGAGCAUGACUCUGGUGUGCCCAUGGAUGGCUGUGAAGAUGGCCCAUGUCUUACAGAUGAGACGAGCAAUGAUGGCAUUGAUGAUAAAAGAGGUUUGGACAAAGCUAAGAAGUCUGGCAGUGGUGCCAAGGUGGACAAGCUCGCUCAGAAGGCAAUGAAGUCAGCAAGGCCCCUCGUUCCUUCCUUACCUCCACAGCAGUUGUACGCCUUGCCAACCUCUGGCUUCCCUGCUCCCAAUUCUGGCUCCUCCUCUAGUAUGGGCUCCGUGGUCCAGUCCAUUAGCAAGAGCCCCCAACUAAAAACCAUUCAACCCAAACCUGCAGUAAUGGGAGAUCCCUCGAUGAACCCAGCCUUGGGCAGCUCUAAGGACAAGAAAAAGAAAGAUAAGAAAAAGAAGGAAGGUGGUAAGGAAGGAGACAGUCCGAAAGCCCCUGGCAAAGGAGGGAAGUCUGAAGAAGGUAAGAGCCCAUAUUCUGAGAGUUCAGACCAAGGCAGCAAGAGCGAGGGGCUGUUAAAUGGAUCCACGGAUCCACAUCAAAGUCGGCUAGCCAGCAUGAAAGCAGAAGCGGACAAAAUCUACAGCUUCUCUGACAAUUCUCCCAGUCCUUCUAUAGGUGUGGCCAGUCGGAUAGAAAGCGGGGGGAUGGCACAACCUCUCACUCCACUGCAUGUGGUUACCCAAAAUGGGGCAGAUAAUUCUUCUGUGAAGACCAACAGCCCAGCAUACUCGGACAUCUCUGAUGCAGGAGAAGAUGGAGAGGGCAAAGUGGAGGGUGUAAAGGUCAAGUCCGAGGAUCAGGCAGUUCGGGAAGGUGCCAAAAAAUCCCUGUUCCCAUCCCAGCCACCAAGCAAAGACUCUUCUUAUUACCCAGGUUAUGAAACAUACUACUCACCCAAUUAUGUCAACCCAAAUCCCAGUCCAGGGGUUUCUAACACUGUCACAUCAUUGCAAGAUGGUGCAGUGAAGGUGAAAAAAGAGGAAGAACCAGAACCUGGGAAUGACAAGGGCAAAUCAGAGCCACCUGAAGAGCGAAAGCCAGAAAUAGGUGCAUCCUCUCAGCAGCCGCAGCAGCCUUCGGUCAUUCAGCAGCGCUCUAGCAUGUUCAUGCAGCCUCUCUAUUACAAUCAGUAUGCUUACGUACCUCCCUAUGGCUAUUCACCAGAUCAAGCCUACCAUAACCACCUGAUGAACACAAACCCAGCUUACAGGCAGCAGUGUGAGGACCGGCAACGGCAAGCAGCUGAACAGCAUCGUGCCGCAGAGAAGAAAUCGGAGUCUGCUCAGAAGGAUAGGGAAGCAUCCAUGAAGCCAGAAGAAUGGAAGCAGAAAGCUUCAGUUCCUCCCACCUUGUCGAAAGCGCCAAGUCUCUCAGACUUGGGCAAACCAUCCCCACAGGGCAAGCCCAAGGAUCCCUCGGAGCCUGGCAAAUCGGUCAUUAUCCCCAAAGGGGAGGAUAGCAAGGGACAGACCCAGCAUGGUGAGGGGUUGAAAAUGAAGCUAAGUGAAGCUGGGCAUCAUGCAAAGGAUGAGCAGAAACCAGGCCUCGAGUCUGGGAGAUCGGCUAUAGAGCAGGCAAUGUACAUGUACAGACAGGAGCCAGACUCUCGACUGUGGCCCUACGUUUAUCCCAGCAAGUACCCCGAAGCUCAGAAACAGAUUGAUGAGGAGAGGUUGAAGGAAGAGCGAGAGCGGGAUCGCGAGCGAGAAAGAGACAGAGAUAGGGAUAGGGACCGCGAGAGAGACCGCAAAGGCAAAGACGAAAGGCCGCGUCCUAAAGACACUCCCUCCAAAGAGGAAAGCAAGGAAGGGGCCGAACCACGAACUUCAUCUGCCUUAGAGGAGCAUAGAGGGGUCAGCAAAGAUCCUCGAGCACAUAUGCAGUUUUCCUCACAUCUGCCGCAGCAUCAGUCGUACAUGUCCUACAUGCACGGAUACCCCUAUGGCCAAGGUUAUGACCCCAGCCAUCCGGGAUACCGGGGGAUGCCUACUGUCAUGAUGCAGAACUACCCUGGGUCGUACCUGUCGCCAGGGUACUCUUUUUCUCCGUAUGGCAAUAAGAUGCCACCUGGAGAGGAGGGUGAGAAGGCUCGUGCCAGUCCUACGGUAAGCGGCAAGUCUGCGUCCGAGUCUAAAGCUCUGGACAUCCUGCAUCAACACGCUAGCCAGUACAAGAGUAAAUCACCCACGGUGGGUGAAAAGGCACACCAUGAAAGAGACAGAAGUGGGAGUGAGAGGGAAAGAGACGGUGAACGUCCAAGAUCAUCGCCCUCUCAGAGGAUCAUGCCUUCCCACCAUCAUCUAGGCUAUCCACUACUCCCAGGACAGUAUGACUUGUCCUAUGCUACAGGUAUCUCCUCUUCAGCCAUUGUUGCCAGUCAACAAGCCUCUGCCCCCUCACUUUACCCCCCAGCACGGAGGUGAGAAUGAUAGAAGUGACUGGGUGUUCUUCUGCAGACAUGUGACUGGUUCACAUGAGGAUGUGAUGUGGAGUUUAUGACAUCAGUUCAAUGAUGUUCCCGAUUUCUUUACGGUUCUUUUUCUCGGACUUCCCGUCGGAGAGGAGAAAGUGGAUGCCCAGGCUUCUACGUACACGCCGAACUCCACCUCGGGAAGCGCACAUCCGGACGCCUCCCUCUCUGUGCUGCUGGCUACAUACUCAGGAGAGAGGAGACACAGUUUGUCUGCAGAGACGUCAUAUGAUGCGCACGCUGUUUGAAAAACAUGGACCUAUGGAAUUGGGGAAAUCUUGAAUGAACCUGGAUGCAAAGACAUUCUGGAAGUCACUACAUUGUGUUGAAAGCAUGGAGUGCUACUGAUUUGGACUGCUGCUCUAGAGCCAUGAGGAUUACCAAGGUUGUUGUUGUUGGUUUUUUUGGCCCCCCGAAGGAUUCCAGCAACUUUGUUGCUGCUCUUUAUCUUCAUACAUUUACAUACGCAAUCUAUUUGUGGACUAUGCAAGUGGAUAAGGCUUGGUUUUCUUCACUCAGCAGUAAAUUCAAGUUCACCAUUGCGAAGCUAUCGCCAACAUACUUGAGAGUAGACACUUCUUUGUCCAAGAGGCAUUUUCUUAACGCACUUCCCUGUCUUCAUUGUUCAUAGUUGUGUUUCUUUUUCAUUUAUGGAUGAACAAUUCGCCCAAAGUCACUCCAUCAGCUUAGCACUGUUUUGUUCUUGAACGGGCGAGAGGGCAAUGCUUCGCAUUGGUUGAUUCAACAGGGCCUUCUGACGUUUUGGAUUAUCCGGAUCGUGGAGGGGAAAGAUGAAGCAUGAGAACGGAGUGUCCCAAAAGCCAGGAACUUUGACUUCCAGACUGGAUUUACAGAUUUUUCCCAGCCUGCGUUGACCGUUAUCAUGUACGGACACAGCUAUCUGCUUCUCCCAGGCUCUUGAUAGUCAUUUGGGACACGACGUGCGUGUUUGCCAAUGGAGUUACCAGACUCUACUGAACUGUGUGUGUCUGGUCACGAACUGAACCUUCACAUACGGAUACUUUGCUGCUCGCGAAUCUCAUGUCCAAAACCUUGAAGGCUUAGAGCGAUCCAAGUGAGAUAACCCCGAAAGAGGCUUAGAGCCGGCAUCCAGCUCCUAGACUUCCACUGACUCACAAAACAAGGAAGACCUGGAAAAAUGUUCCCUGCAUGGUAUAAUCCAGCACUCGGUAAAAGCAUUAAUCCAAACAAAGAGCAAUGCGACACAAGCAGGCGUCCUUCCUUUUCUCCCUCACUAUGUGCUUUCUGUAUAUAUUGUACAAAGGAAUUAUUUUAAAAAAGGUUGUUGGAUGCUAUCGGAUUUUCUUACUAUCUUUCUCUUUUUUUUCCGUUUGUUUUUUUUGGUCUGUUAGCCUUUUUUUUCUACCAUUGUUGACAUGAUAUCAACGUUUAGCUGGUAUAACGGCUUUAUAUUGGAAGUGUUUUUGUUUUUUAACUACUUUUUCUACCCCUCCUCUUCAAGGCCAAAUCAGUCCCACUCUGCUUUGAAACCGUUUAUAAGCACAUCUUUUGCGUUUGCUGAAAUAAAGUCAGGAUUUGUAGUCAACAUCCCCUGCGUUGACACGCUCACAUUUCAGAAAGGGUGAAGGAAGCGACAAACCCGAGUCCGGUGCUAUCUGAAGCUAGUUUUUCCAGUUCAUCAUCAUGCAUUUACUGUGUGAAUCUGAAACUCUCAGGAGAGCAUUAUUGAAGUCUGAGCCUUUUAAAUCAUCCUGGCAUGUUCAUUGCUCUCGGCUGUAUUCAAACUUGAUUAUCGAAUGGCACAGGGAAGAAGGCAUUACUUAACGUAAUUCGUUUAUAGCAUGUUAAACAUGACAGUUUGUUUUUCAUCUCCGUCGUGAGGUGACUAGUAAAACAAAAACAGCAGACGUUCAGGUUCUUUGCUCUUUAGAUUUAUUGUAAUGCCGCCACAAACCCCUAAUCUGAUUUUAACUAAUGCUCAUGCGGCCUUUUUUGUUGUUGUAGGUCAGAUCUCUGAGUUUUUAUUUUAUCCUCUCUGUGGAGAUGGAAAACUUCACACUUUUUAUGCUGAUUUAGGACCAGCUUUCUCUCCCUAAACCCUAAACUAAGCGAUAUCGCAGCACUGGUCUCAGAUCAGCGUCAGAAGGCUCGCGCUAAUACGAGAGAGUUAGAAUUUUUAUAUAUAGUAAUAACCUCACUUUUAGUUGUUCUGUCUUUGCGCGUUUAGCCAGUAAACCUGUGCUGUCUGGUGACUUGAUUCAUAAUUGUUGAGGACAAAGCGCUUGAUUGGUUUAAUUUAUUUUUUUGAGGGUUCUUCUUUUGUUGUUGCUGUUGUUUUUUUUCUAGUUCGAGUUUCUCCUCGUAGAAAGACGAAACGGCCGGUUUUAACAGUUCAAACAUUCGUUUAUAUUUGUCUCAGACGGUGCUAAUAUAGCCUGCCCUGUGCGAUCCUUGCGGGAAGAGAAGAGGGAAUUUGCUUUUCUGCUUUUCAUUUUCUGUUCUUAUUAGGCUCCUCCCAUCACCCCUCCCACUAAUUAAGCCCCACCCACCCCACGCCCAUAGAGAGCAGCGGCUCAGUGUCGGUCAUCGGUACUUGAAAGAAAGAUGUUUACACCUCUUCGUUUCUGUGUUUGGAUACAUUUCUCUUUGUACACCAUUGCUCUCUCUCUCUUUCCCUGCCUUCCUCACUGUCUCGCUGCCUCUGUCCCGCUCUCUCUUCCUAGGGAUCUCUCAUGUAAAGUGUAAAUUGCUACAUUUUUUUAUACAAUACUGUAACUUGCCUUUGUACAUUUAGGCAGAAAAUAAAUCUUUUUAUGAGACAAUCA